AUGUGGAGAGCGAAGACGAAAGAGAUCAAGAGUUGCCGUCGAAAGCAAGAAGAGCACCUACGAUCGUCAAGCAAUGUCACAAAGAGAAACGCUAAGGGGCAGGCAAUAGCAACAGAAAAAGCUUCUCAAUCGAGCCACCUCUUCUAUCAAUAUUAUGGUUUCAGAUCUGUUUGCUUUGUAGCUAUAGUUGUCACUGUAGUUUCUGCCACCGUUGCUGCUGUAGUUUCUGCCAUUGUUUCCGCUGCACUUCCUAUUUACCUUGAUAAAAUUUUUCAACCUGUUGUUGCUGUUAUUUUAUCAAUAACUUUUGUUCUAACUUUUGGAGAGGGAACAACAUUGGUGGUCCUCGCCAGACUUGUCGCGGUCCAGAAAUUGGUCGAAGAAAAUUUAGCUGAUCACAAGUUCUUCUUCCUUGGGCUGGAGAUCUUGGAUGGUAUUAUUGACUCAGUUUCUGUGGUGCAUCUUUUGGCUCCAUUGCUAGCUCUAUUGAAGCCUAAUGGAAAACUUGUGAUGGUUGGUUUACCCAAAAAGCCUCUGGAGUCGCCAAUGUUUUCUUUUUGUACGGUUAUUGCAAUGGAUAAUGUAAACAUAGCAAUAGAGCACCUCGCAAAAGCAGAUGUCAAGUAUCGAUUUGUUAUUGAUAUCUGA